GCUUCCAUUCUGGCCUUACAUGAAGCUAAUGGCCAUUUGUUGGUUAGGCCUACCCCACUUUAAUGGUGCUUGCUAUGUUUAUGAGUGCCUUAUUCGUCCGUGUUUAUCUGUGAAUCCACAAGGAGUUAUCAGACAGUUUGUCAAACACAAGGAGGACGUAUCUCUCAAUGCAGAAAGCUUUCUAGCUGUGGCAGAGAUGUAUGUUAAAGAGAACGGAUCUGAAGCUUUGGAGAAACUCAUCGACAGAAAGUCCAAUCAUACAAUGCCAAAGAUUGAUGUGGAAGAGAUCAAGGCAAUAACAAAUAUGGUAGCAAAAGAAACAGUUGAGACAAAAGAAAUGGCUGCAGCAAUUCAGUCCAAAUUCAAGGAGCCUAAUGUUGCCAACAAGGAUGCCAAAACAGUGGAACCAAAGGAGAAAAUUCUUGCAGCUUCAACACAAUGGUCCAAAUUCAAAGAAUUUGCUGUUGCUAAGGAGAAUGCCAAAGCAGAAGAACUGAACGAGAAAAAUUCCACAACUGCAACAGAACAGGUUAAGUGUGUUGAAGAGCCAAAUCUUUCUCAAACUGAGAAGAGAACAGUUACCUCUAUUAAAAUUGAGGAAAAGACCGUGAUAGAAGAUGUUAGAGAGAACGAAGUUGAGGAGGUACCUGCUGUCGCAGCUGGUGGUGGAGAGAACAAAGUUAAGGAGAGACCUGCUUCAGAGAAUGUUCAGAAAGAGUGGACGUGUGCUGUAUGUCAGGUGACGACCUUGUGUGAAGAAAACUUGAAGUCUCAUCUUCAGGGGCGAAGACACAAAUCCACUUGUGCAGAGCUGAAAGCAAUCAAGCAAGCAAUCAAGCUAGCAAACAAAAACAAGGGCUGCCCGUCUUCAACAGCCAAUCAGGAGCCCCAAAAGCCCAUUGCUGGUGAUUGGAUAAACCAAAAUAAAAGUAAGAAACAAGUGGACAUCGCACAAGUGAACCGGAUUAUUGAGCAACGCAAACAGAAAGAAGUAAAGAACACUACUGGGUAUGGGGUGAACAAGUCUAAAUUAUGUUGCUUUAUCUGUAAUGUUAAGUGCCCUGGUGAGGUUCAUAUGGUUUCUCACCUUAAUGGGAAGAAGCACUUGUCCCGGGUUCAACAUAUAGUGGAUUCUUUGGGUGGAGCAGAUUAAUAGGAUCAUGGAGGCAGUUUAGUAUUUCAUCCCAACAAGACUAGCAUACCUGCAGAAGAAAUUAAACAUUGACAUGGUUGUUUCUACUAAUGAUUUUGUGGUUUUCAGUUCCAGCUUUUUUUGGGGUCAUAUCUGUCUCGACUAGAUAAUGUAUACAAAUGGGAUGUUAUGUAUUUUGGAACAGCUGUACGAUUUAAAUAGAUUUUUAUGUGGCCAGUCUUUGAUUUAA